GCCACACGCGCACGCUCACCGUGGAGAUACAGCUCGUCCAAGAUGACGGUGUGGAGGACGACGAGGACUUGGACCCCGCGGAGCCAACCUUGAGGGACGGCGUUCUGUCCUCGGAGGACCUCAAGACCAUACAGGACGUCGCGGACGCGACCCGCCUCGCCGCCCGGAUCACCGACACACCCGCCAACAUCAUGGACGUGGACGCGUUCAUACAGGAAGCUAUAAACCUCGCCAAGGAGCUGGAGAUCCCCCCGCCCACGAUCAUCCGCGGCGAAGAGUUGAAGGCGCGUGGUAUGGGCGGCUUGUACGGCGUGGGCAAGGCGGCCGCUCGUCCGCCCGCCCUCGUCGCGCUGUCCUACCGCCCGCCCUCCGCCAGCCAGACGGUCGCGUGGGUCGGGAAGGGCAUCGUCUACGACACCGGCGGGCUCAGUCUCAAGGCUCCCAAGUCGAUGUGCGGUAUGAAGUAUGACUGCGGCGGCGCGGCAGCCGUGCUGGGCGCCUUCAGCGCGGUCGUCAGGGCUCGGCCGUCGGUGGCGCUCCACGCCGUGCUCUGCCUGGCCGAGAACGCGAUCGGUCCGCUCGCCACCAGGCCGGACGACAUCCACCAGCUGUACUCGGGCCGCACGGUGGAGAUCAACAACACGGACGCCGAGGGCCGGCUGGUGCUGGCGGACGGCGUGGUGUUCGCGCAGAGAGACCUCAAGGCCGACACUAUCGUGGACGUCGCCACGCUGACGGGAGCCCAGGGCAUAGCGACGGGCAAGUACCACGCGGCCGUCGUGUCCAACUGCGGCUCCCUGGAGGCGAGCUGCGUCCGCGCGGGUCGCAUCAGCGGCGACCUCACCCACCCACUGCCCUUCGCACCCGAACUGCACUUCUACGAGUUCAGCAGCGCCGUCGCCGACAUGAAGAACAGCGUCGCCGACCGGGAGAACGCGCAGUCUUCGUGCGCCGGACUGUUCGUCCUAUCGCACCUCGGUUUCGACUUCCCCGGCCGCUGGCUGCACGUGGACAUGGCCGCUCCCUCCAGAUGUGGUGACCGGGCGACCGGGUACGGCGUGGCGCUGCUCGCGGUGCUGUUCGGAGGCUCCACGGACAGCCGGCUGCUGCGGGCGCUGGCUCCCCACAAGUGAAGCCUGGAGACGGAGCGAGCCCACACGUGACCCACAGCUCCACGAACAUACGGAACAUUCAACAUCAAUGACGUCACACGCGGCGCCGGCACCUCUGUGGCAUUCCGUCAAGUGUCGGCUCGUCUCAUACUCCCUAGUUAUAGUUGGGAUAGCAUCAAAUCAUGUUCUAAUAAACCGAAGCAUAAUAUUGUAUAAUAUAAGUAUGUAACCUUUCAUUGUACCGCAUGUUGUUGUCGUACACUACACUACAGUACAAGCGAUGUACAUAGUACAAACAGCCUAGCUUCGCGUCGCGAGGACGCGAGCCGUCGCCAUGUCGUCGAGUAACCUUUUACCUCCAUAUACAUAUACCCUCGUUUGUAACAUAUUAAACCGUUUACAGCUA